GAAACAAAAGAAUAUGUGAAUUAUGCAACUUUAACUGUGUAGAAGAUGAAUUUCAUUUCCUUACUGAUUGUCCAUUCUAUGUUGAAGAGAGAAAUAUGUUUUUUAAUGGUAUAUACAAGCUCAACAAAAUUUUUAUCUAUCUAACAAAUAAGGACAAAUUUACUUGGUGGACACCAUAACAUGGACAUCAUAACAUGGACUUUAGUUUUGACAAAAUUUACCCUUCUGUCAUGCCACGACUCAGCGAAAACCAACGUAAUCGUGCUGUUGGGAUGUUUCAAGCUGGAAUGGCACAAAAUAUCGUAGCAGGACACUUUGGAGUUCGUCAGAACAUCAUCCAGUCAUUAUGGAGACGUUUCCAAAAAUCUGGUAACUCUCGGGAUCGACCACGUUCUGGGCGUCCUCGUGUGACGUCGUGUCAACAGGACAACCACAUUAGACUUGUUCACCUGAGAAAUCGUUUCCAGACAGCAAGUUUGACCGCUCGUAGCAUUCCUGGACUUCGACCAAUCAGUCCAAGAACUGUGCGUGAUCGUCUGCGCGAGCACAGCAUCAGACCAAGACGUCCUGCGGUGCACCCAAUACUGCUUCAACGUCAUCGUAUCGCUAAACCAGCGUGGUGCAGACGACAUCUGCGAUUCAGAAUACAGGACUGGGCCUAUAUUCUGUUUACUGAUAAAUCCAGCUUUCAUUUGGAUAGCAGUGACGGCCGUUGUAGAGUGCACCGUCGCGUUGGGGAGCGGUACCAGGACGCUUGUAUUGUGCAACAUCCACAAUUCGGUGGAGGUAGCGUUAUGGUGUGGGGUGGAAUAACAGCACGUGGAAGGACCCCCUCUACAAAUUGUCAAUGGAAAGCUCACCGGCGUACGCUAUCGAGACGAAAUUAUUCAGCGACAUGUGAUACUGGAGAGAGAGAGAGAGAGAGAGAGAGAGAGAGAGAGAGAGAGAGAGAGAGAGAGUAUAGUGCUGACUUCAAAUAAAAUUUACUUUACUUUACUUACUUUAGAGAUCGGGUUCAAAAUUAUAGAAUAUUUAAAAGUAUCGAGUUCGACAUUCUUUAAAUAGAAAACUGUGUUGGCUGGAAGUGAAACUAACUUACUAAACUAAAGCGUAAUAAAUAAACACUGAUUAAAUAAACGACUGAAAAGGGGGCAGAAUAUUCAUAUGAGGAUUUUAUGAGUUCCAGGAACAAGCUAUGCUAGAGCGCAGUUGUAGAUAGUGAUGGCGGACAUUAAACAGAACGAGGAAAGAAAAGAAGAAAAAGAUGGGCUUCUGUACAUGUGGCAAGGUUACCAUGGUGAGGUAGAGGUUGUGAAAUAUCCCAAUUUGUUUGGCAUUCCCAUAAAGAAGGUUGCCAUAGGAACAGACCACUCAGUUUUCUUGACAUUUGAUGGGCAGUUGUUUGUGUGUGGGAGCAACGACUAUGGACAGCUGGGAGUGGACACUGGAGAUGAGAGUCAUGCUUAUGAUCCGGUGCUGGUGUCUGGUUUGUCAGGUGUACCUGUGAAAGAUGUGGCCUGUGGCUCCAAUCACUGUGCAGUGGUCACUAAAUCUGGCCAGGUUUACUGCUGGGGGGAUUCCAGACAGUGCCAGUGUGCCUCCACAGAGAAGAAAGUGACCACCCCACAACUCGUCACAAUUAGCAAGAGAGCUUCGGAGCAGUGUCAGCAUGGCAUUUCAUUGGACAAUGAGGAUGUCAGUAUCGUCAUGGUGUCGUGUGGGAAUACCCACACUGUUGCUCUGUCGGGGGCUGGGGAGGUGUGGGUCUGGGGAUCGGGGGAGGGGCUUGGUGUGAAGUCGUCUAAAGUCACACCUGUUGUCUUAGAUAGACUGGUGGGAAGAAAUGUCCUGAGUAUCAGUUGUGGGUUUUUUCAUACUUUGGCUGUGGUGGAGAAGAGUAUACUGGAUGAUUCCUACUCGUCGGUGAAGACCAGGAGAUCGAGAGCCUCGGAGACAAAUACUCAUAAAAACCUUCCAAAAACUUGUGCCAAAUGUAAUGCGGAGAUCUACACGUAUGCAGAAACCAGUGAUACCUGCAUCAUUAGUGAUGAACACCUGUGUGAGUUUGACAACCAGUCUGAAACCGUGUCUGGUAAACAACCUGAUAGCAGGAAUAGACAGAAAUCCAGAACCAGGGGAAGUUGUGAUAGUGAUGUGUUUGAGAGUCCUGAAGAGACAGCCCAAAGAAUAUCAGAUGAUAAAGGUCUGCCACAGACACCAGUGAUUUUAGAGGAGUAUUCUGAGGGCAUGCACCAGGAGGAAGAUGAUGUGUGGGUGAAACAGAAUAGUACUAAUACCGGAGCGCUUCCUUCUGAGGGGUCGCCUGAGAGUCAGGGCGUGUAUAAAUGCCCAGGGUCCAAUAGACUAGCACUGGGCAAGUCUGUUAACUUUGUCAAUGAGGAGGAGGCCCGAAAAUACCUAGCAGAACAAUAUGAAGAAAAUAUGGAGGAGGAGAAAGAGGAGAAACCUCCUGUACAGCAGGAGACAGCUUCCAACUCAUCGUUUGGGAAUAUCCUGUCCUCAGUGCAAAUGUACCCAUCUGAUGUGAUCAGCCACAUUUCCUCAGUCCCUCAACAGAUGUCCUCAAUGACCAGUAAAGCCUUCAGCAGCAUCACAGACAAACUGGGCUUCAGCUCCGACAACAAACCACGGGACACUGCAUCGGAGAGCAGCGGGACAGGGUCACAGCUUUUUCUGGCAGGAUUCGAUACUUCAGAGGAGGAUCUAAGGUCCCCUGGUGUGGAGGACCCACUGUCCCGAGCGACAAAGGAGACAAGUUUCAUCAGUGACAGCAGUACGGAGGACACGGCGGAGAGGCUAUCCCUGAGGACCAUCCAGGCCAAACAGGAAAACCUCUGUAAAGUGACACCUGGUGAUCAGCUUCCAGUUAGCAGUGAGACAACAGAGGCAUUUGUAACCUUAGAAACAGAGCUGUGGUCAUGGGGCAAAAACAAUAAAGGUCAACUGGGUCAUGGGGAUGAAAUUGACAGGGAACGUCCGGAGGUUGUGCGGACACUGAGCAAUGCCAAGGUGGUGAAGGUCUGCGGUGGAGGGCUCCACUCCCUGGCCCUGACAGCAGACUCUAGGGUGUACAGUUGGGGAUUUCAUGCAUCAGGUCAGCUAGCUCGGAAAGAAGAUACAGCUAAACCGUGUAUUGUACAGUUGAUGGACCGGUGCUAUGUGUGGGAUAUGGCGGCCGGGGAGAAGUUCUCCGUAUUUCUGAUGGACAGGGAUGGAUUUCAACCAGAAAUACACUAUGUGGGGAAACAUCCAUGUCGAGAUUUAUAUGUGCCGGUGUAUAAAACUAAUCGUCUGACUCACCUGAGCUUCUUAAAACAGGCUGGAUGGGUGCGUGCAAUAACAGCAGGGGAGGAUAACUCCGCCUGUAUAUCCUGCUGGAGUUUUACAGGAUUCACAGCAUCCCUGUUUGAAGUGGCAGCCUCGGAAAGGAGGUUUUACAGCUAUCUCAAUCGCAUCGUCAAAUCCGUAGUUCAUCCACUUAAAGAGUCAAGUUACUUCAACACCCUGGAUGUGUUUCCAUACAAAUCCUGCACACAGAAUCUGCUGGCUGCCUUUGAAAACAUCACCAAUCUAAUUGGUGAGAAUUCCGUUGACCUAACUAACAGGGUACGCUCCAUGGAUAACUUUCUAGAGGCCAACUUUUUUGUGAAGUGUGAAGAAAUUAUCCGUGAAUUUAAGAUCUUCUCCAUUAGCUUUGCUGACAUGUUAGCUAUAGGUGGAUUUGAAUACUUGUGCAAAACUGGAAAGUCAUAUUUUGAUUCGCUGGAUAAGGAUUUACAAACUCUGUUGGAUGGAUCUAAGUACAGUCAAAAAAAUAUGGCGGAAAAAUUACAAGUUUUGUUUGGUCGACCAUUUAGUCACGUGAAGGAAUACUGCAGACUAACAGACAAAUUGGCCUGUAACUAUGAACCAGAGGCAGCUGAACACCGGCUACUGAAUAAGGUGACUCUGCAGUGGCAGACAUUGAAACACAUGACCAGCAAUGAACAUAAGAUAGCCAUCAACACCAAAGCAUUCUGGGAAACCCUGAACUUCCAUAAGUUAAUUGAUACGGUUAAGAUUCCAACUCGUCGACUGAUCCGAAGCAGUAGAGACCAUCUGCUGACUCUGUAUGGGGCGGGGCGGAUGUCGACUCAUGAUUUCUUCCUCUUCGAUGACCUCCUGGUUCAUGCUCAACUUAAACUUCCUAUCAGUCACGUGAAGUACUCUUCUUUCCAAUCUUACCCUCUGGAUACUCUCUGGGUUGAAACACCUGAAGACGUUAAACAAAGACACUUAAUUUCCUUGAUUAUGCCAGAAGAAAAACUGAUCUUAGUUGCCUCUGAUGGGAAUGAGAAGACAGAGUGGCUAAUAGCGUUAAACUCGACCAUCAACAAAGUCCUUUGUCGUCAGAAGUCUGUGUCACGUAGAGGAAGUUCCGAUCGCCUGACUCCCCCAGAUAUUCGCUUCGCUAAUCACCAGUUUACGAGACAUGGUGUGUUCAAGAGUGCCACCUAUUCUGGCUACUGGAUGACGGGCAAAUUACAUGGCUUUGGAGAAAUGAAGUGGGCAGAUGGAAGAAAAUACAUAGGAAACUUUAAAGAGGGACUUCAGCAUGGACAUGGCAAGCUGAUUCUGAAGCAGGACAAUGGGAGUGAGAGAACCCAGGAGGGAUACUGGAGAGAUGGUCUGCUUCAUGGCCUGGCCAAAGUCAGAUAUUCCAACGGUGAUGUAUAUGAGGGGGCCUUUAAGGAUGGACAGAGACACGGGCAUGGAAUAUAUCGCCAUGGACAGCACACCUCGAUGGCCGCCAGUGUUUACAUUGGAGAAUGGGUGUCGGACAAAAAACAGGGAUAUGGCAUCAUGGAUGAUGUCAUGAAAGGGGAGAAGUACAUGGGCCUGUGGCAGGAAGACGUCAGACAGGGAGGGGGAAUUGUAGUCACACUGGAUGGAAUGUACUUCGAGGGAAACUUCACCCAGGACAAGUUAACAGGAUUAGGCCUGAUGCUGACGUACGAUAACAGCUGCUAUGAGGGAGAGUUUGCAGGGAUUACCCAACUUCAGGGAAAGGGUAAACUGACCAUGCCUAACCUGGACACCAUAGAGGGAGUUUUCAGUGGAUCGUGGAACGAAGGACUCAAAAUCAAUGGAGUCCUCAAGAAGGCAGCGUAUACCGCAGUCAAUCAGAAAACGGGAUACAACAACCUCUCUAAGGUCUUUGGAACCAUGUCUGUUCCAGUCAAUCAGAGAUGGGAAGGAAUGUUCCAGCAUUGUGUCUCCGUAUUCAGGGUCAAAGGUCAGGAUCAGCUAAAUGCAGCGAAAGCCUGGGAAAACGUGGCCAUAACACUGUCUAAAGGCAAAAAGAACAUCAUUGAAAUCCACAAAAAUCCAAACAAUAAGAUAAAGAGGAUCCUGAACCUCACUGAGGAGCUGGAAACUAUCCCCCCGCAUAACAAGGGCAGACUGACCAUCGAGUACUACCGUCAAAUCAAAGUGUACUUACAGAAGGCCUGUGACCUGCCUAUUCACCCCUUGGGUAAGCUGAUGGAGGGACUGGUGGAUGUGUUCAGAGCAGCCUACAUCGGAGUGGGGGCUCAUCCUCGACUUCUGGACCACGCUGUUAAUGAGAUCAAGUCGUUUGUGUCUCGUAUCUAUCAUUGUGUCAGGAUUCUGUUCCCUGACUUGCCAGAGAAUGGGGGCCCUAUCCUGAUCGAGUCCGAAACAAGUGUGGAAAGGGAGACCACUCCAGAGGAGGAGACUUCUGUAGUUGUAAGCUGUGGCACCCUCAUUCAUCCAGUUCUUCUCCCGAAGAUUUAUCCCCCUUUGUUUGACCUUUAUGCACUCUACAAUGAUAAGGAAAAUGAGAAGUACUGGGAGCGGGUCAGGAAGUUAAACAAGCAGGGGGAUGUAGGAUUGAUGGCAUUCCUGGGGAUCGACCAGAAAUUCUGGCUCAUUGAUUCAUUGCUUCAGGACAAAUCACAAAGCUUGUCAGCCUUGAGAAACCAUUGUUAUCUUUCUUCAAUAGAAACAUUACAACACAUUAGCACAGCUUUCAGUCCAAAGGAGAAACUUGAGGUUAUACAGAAAACAUUUUCAGAAAUCACCAAGACUGUUCAGGAGAGCUUGGGAAAUGUGCAAAUGUGGUGCAUGGACGAUUUAUUCCCGAUAUUUCAUUACAUAGUCAUACGGGCACAGAUACGCCAACUGGGCGCAGAAAUCCACCUGAUUCAAGAUUUGAUGGAGCGCCAUCUGGAGAGUGGGGAACUCGGCAUUAUGUUCACAAUGCUUCAUGCUUGUUUUUUUCAAAUACAAAAUGAAAAGAUACCUGGCCAUGGUUGAUUUUCGUGAUGACCCUACAGGGAAACUUCAACAUCCUACAAACCCGUGAGGCAUUCCAGAAAACCAAAGCUUAGACUUUGUGCCAUUGUGAUUUGAUUUUUCAGUUUUAAGUUCUGUUGACAUAUCAUAUUUUGAUACAAUUUUCUUUUGUUUCAUUUUCAUAGGAAGUUAAUCAUGUUUUUUUGUAUAAAUUGUUAUAUUCAUUGAAAAUGAAGAAUUUACAAAAAGAA